UAUUGGUGAGUGGUGGUGCCAAGUGCAAAGAGAGUGCGAUUGCGUACGGUGCAUGGGACUCGCUGCGAUGCCGUGGUCGUUGAAACUACGGACUUACGGGUAGCUCGGAGAGGCAGUGUCAGUGACUCAAGUCACGAUGCACAUGUCGCUGCUGCUGAGAUUGGUGUUAGCGGCAGUGGGUGUGCUGCUGGCGGGCGGGGGUGCAGCCUUUGCGGACACGGUGGAAGUCGUCGGAGCCGGUGAGCGCGACCGAGCCAUCGCCGGUGUCGAGGCUAGCCUCCUUUCCCUUCUGGGCUUCGCGAAGAGACCCAGGCCGACGGGAUCUGCUCACGUGCCGGAGUCACUUAAGAAAUUGUAUAUUCGCCAGAGUGCCAUUGGAAUGGCGGACAUAGCGAGGCCCGGCAUACACGCUCGCUCUUCCAACACAGUUCGCUCCUUCGCUCACGUAGAGAGCAAGGUCGACGAGAAAUUCCAAAGUCCGCACAGAUUUCGACUGUCGUUUGACCUGAGCAGCGUACCGUUACAAGAGACGCUGCACGCUGCGGAGCUGAGCUUGUCGCGGGUCGCCCUGGCGGCAUCCGACGAAGACGCGGAAGGCUCGAGAUACCAGCGGAUCCUCGUCCACGACAUCGUCCUACCUGGCGUCCGGGGACGGAGUAAACCGAUCCUCCGAUUAGUGGACAGCAAGCUGGUCGACACGAGGGAGAAUUCAUCGGUACCUUUGGACGUGCAUCCGGCGGUGGAAAGGUGGAUACAGAAUCCGGCCCACAACCACGGCCUCCUGGUCGAGGUCCUCGGAGCGAAACGGCGGAAGGAGGAGCACGUGAGGCUCAGGCGAAGCGUCGGCGAAGACGCAGAGUCCUGGACGGCCAACAGGCCGUUCCUCUUCACCUAUACCGACGACGGUAAGAACCAGGCCGCAUCGGCUAAUCGGAUAAUGGAGAGGCGCGCGAGGCGGGCGGCUGUUAGGAAAAACCGGAGGAAAGACGGGCGGGAAAAUUGCCGGCGACACCCGCUUUACGUCGACUUUGCGGACGUCGGAUGGAACGAUUGGAUAGUCGCACCGCCCGGCUACGACGCCUUCUACUGCCACGGCGAUUGUCCGUUCCCCCUUGCCGAUCAUCUCAAUUCGACGAAUCACGCGAUCGUGCAAACCCUCGUCUACUCGACGAACCCAAACAUGGUGCCCAAGGCCUGCUGCGUGCCCACAGCCCUCAGCUCCAUAUCCAUGCUCUAUCUCGACGAGGAGAACAAGGUGGUGCUCAAAAAUUAUCAGGACAUGGCUGUCCUUGGGUGCGGGUGCCGCUGAAAGGGCAUUGAUUCCCAUUAAAUUCUGCAGUUCUCGAUCCGCUAGAGUCGACGAUGGACGAACACGCUGCUGCAGCGUUAUAAGUUUUCGAGAAAAGGCAUUCAUAAUCUACGGGACAAUGUAUUCCGUUCUGGAGAACAUGUGCCGAUACGAACGGGGAUUUCAUCUCGACAUAAUCAAAUCUCUCGACAAGAUGAUUUGUAAAGCGCGUGAUGACAGACUAUAUCAACGAAUAUACAGAGUUCGAACGUAUAAUUUAUAUAUA